AUGUAUACCCUAGUUGGUUUUCUUAUUCUAUUAUCAUCAGUUUCUUCACAAUUCAUUCGUGAAUCUGAUAUUGAAUUCACAAGCGUUGGUAUCAAAUUUCAACCGCAAAAUCCAAGUGAAUUUCUUUCAACACUGUUUGUCGGAUCACUUUUAACUUGUAGUCAGUCGUGUAAUCUCAAUCGUCAGUGUCGUACAUUCAAUUACGAUUCUCUUACAUUACAAUGUAAAUUGUAUAAAAGUGAUUAUACAACAGGUACGAUCGCAUCAGCAUCAUUGUCAUCAAGAGUUGGUGCACUAGCCUACAGACCAUCAUACUAUUUUAAUUAUAAUCAAACGUGUGGCCUAUGUGAGCAAUAUCGAUAUCUCAUCUGUUCAAAUGGAACAUGUCAAUGUCCAUUGGGAACCUUCUGGAAUGGCCAAAUAUGUUUAAAUCUUCUAUACAAUGGAUCACAAUGUCGAAUGGAUAGUUGGUGUAGACAAGAUCUGAAUCUGACAUGUAUACAACGACCAAUAUGCGGUACUUCAAUUUGUUCAUCAACUCACAUUCAAAGUCCGACAACCUAUUCCACUGGUGUGAACCCUUUGUCAGUCAGUACCAAUGAUUUCAAUGGUGACAAUAAAACUGACAUUGUUAUUACCAAUCUUGGUAACAAUACCGUGUCGAUUUACAUUGGAAACGGGAACGGGACAUUCAAAUCCCAACGGAUGUAUUCCACAUCCAGUUAUCCAUCCUCGGUUGCCACCGGUGAUUUCAAUCAAGAUAGUAAAAUCGAUUUGGCCGUUACUAAUUCCAUGAAUUAUACAAUUAGUGUCCUUAUUGGGAACGGUAAUGGCACAUUUAAAACACAACGACUGUACGCGACUUGUUAUGUACCACAACAAUUGAUUACACAGGAUUUUAACGGGGAUAAUAAACUAGAUUUAAUCACAAUCAGUUAUUCGUCAGAUAUGAUCUGUGUCCAUCUCGGAUACGGGAACGGGACAUUUACGACGCCGCCAAAAUUGUUUCCAACCGGUGGAUCGUUGCCAAUUUCACUGGUAACUGCAAAAUUCAAUCAGGAUAGCAUGUUAGAUGUGGCUGUGGCAAAUUAUGGAAACAAUACAAUCAGUGUUCUAUUCGGAUAUGGGAAUGGAUCAUUUCAAACACCACCCACUAUCUAUUCGGCAGGAUCCGGGCCACGUUUCAUUGUCACAGGAGAUUUCAAUGGAGACACGAGAAUUGAUUUAGCCAUUGUUAAUGCUCUCAGUAACACAAUCGGUGUUUUCAUCGGAAAUAUUGACGGUACAUUCCAAUCACAACGUGUCUAUCCAACCGGAGGCGUUGGUCCAACACAAUUAAUUGUCGUUGAUGUUAAUCAGGAUAAUGUUCAAGAUCUGAUAAC